AUGUCUUGCCCACACGUGGAAUCAGCGCACCUGUCUAAGCCGACGCCUGCGGAUUCGGUGUACCGCGAGGACUGUACGCAGUGUUUCGAUUCCAUUGAUGAUCCCGCCGGGCUCGAUGUUUGCCUCAAGUGCUUCAACGGCGGAUGCGGUGGCGAUCGUCAACACGCGAAGCAGCAUAGUGAGGCGCGGAAACACCCCAUCGUGCUUAAUAUUCGCAGAACUCGCAAGAUAAUUGUGCGCGAUGAGCCUCCCGCGAAAAUGUCGAAGCUUGCCAUUGCUGCCGAGACCGAAGCCGACCGUUACGACACGACGCUCAGCGUCAAGUGCCUUGAGUGCGGGAUCGACGACAUAGACAAGAGCAACCCUACAAUCGCUGCCACAGUCGACGCCAUCAUGAAGGCCAACACAUUUUCACGAAAAGAGGAGGUCAAAGCAUGGGAGCAGGAGUUAACAAGUUGCGAGCACAUCCUGACGCUGCAACAAGCGCCCCCGCGCCAAAUUGAGUCCCAGAACCUUGGGCACUGCUCGCAUUGCGACUUGAAGGAGAACCUUUGGCUCUGCUUAGAGUGCGGGAAUCUUGGCUGUGGCAGGGCGCAGUUUGGCGGCGUUGGCGGAAACUCUCACGCCCUGGCCCACUCCAAAGAGUCAUCACACGGCGUCGCUGUUAAGCUAGGCUCGAUUACCCCCGAGGGUACUGCUGACGUUUACUGCUAUACCUGUGAUGACGAACGGGUGGAUGAGGACCUCGAUGCCCAUCUAGCGAACUGGGGAAUUAUCUUGGCCGAGCGCCAAAAGACGGAGAAAAGCUUGACAGAGAUGCAAAUUGAACAGAAUCUGCGGUGGGAAUUCUCGAUGACAACAGACGAUGGAAAAGAGCUUACGCCGGUGUUCGGUCCGGGGUUGACUGGAAUCAAGAACCUCGGCAACAGUUGCUAUCUUGCUAGCAUUCUCCAAUGUUUGUACGACAUUCCGUCUUUCCAGCAACGGUACGGUGGAGGGGUUGAGUCGUCACCCGACGUGUCGGACCCGGCCCAAGACCUUGAGACGCAACUACGAAAAAUUGGUGACGGUUUGCUCUCCGGUCGUUACUCGAAGCCCGACUCGGAUGUGACAGUGUCGGAGCACUCUCCAGAGAUUCCUCACCAGAAGGGUCUUCAGCCAUCGAUGCUGAAACAUCUGAUCGGUCGUGGACAUGAAGAAUUCUCCACCAUGCGCCAGCAAGACGCGUUCGAGCUUCUUCAACACAUCGUUAAACUCAUCACACGCUCCCAGCACCCUUCGGCCCUCGGAGAUCCGACUCAAUCGAUGCGCUUUGUGUUGGAGCAGCGCUUGCAGUGUCUUGGCUGCAAGAAGGUUCGCUACAGCAGCACCGAGCAGGACAGUAUCUUCAUUGACGUCCCGCUGGAGAAGCUCCCCGCUGAGGAAGGGCAGGUACCAAAGUACAAACCCGUGGAGCUCAAGCAAUGUCUCGACAACUUUACUGCGUUGGAGAAGGUGGAGCUGACCUGCUCGUCAUGUGGCAGUAAGGAUGGUUUUACCAAACGGCAACUGUUCAAGACGUUUCCCGAGGUAUUGGUAGUGAACGCGCGGAAGAUGGCGGUAGUCAAUUGGGUCCCUAUCAAGGUUGAUGUUCCCGUGCUGGUGGGAGACGAGGCUUUCCCCCUAGACCAAUACUUGUCCAAGGGCCAGCAGCCGGAUGAAGAGGCCUUGCCGGAAGAGCAGACCGCGAGCAACGUCCCUUCUUUUGUGCCGAACCAGGAGGGCUUGGCGAUGCUCGAGGCGAUGGGGUUCCCGAAAGUACGCUGCGAGAAAGCUUUGCAUGCCACGGGUAAUAGCGAUGCCAACGCGGCCAUGGAGUGGCUCUUUAGUCACAUGGACGAUCCAGAUAUUGACGAACCGCUCAACCUUGGAGGUGCUGGCGGUGGUAGCGGCGGACCGUAUGAGGCGGAUCCCGAGAAGCUUGUUAUGCUCGAGUCCAUGGGUCUCGGCGGCCCGCGUGCUACCAAAGCGUUGAAGGAGACCAACGGGGAUGUGGAGCGGGCCAUUGAGUGGUUAUUCAGUCACCCCGACGACUCGGGCGAGAUUGAAGAAUCUCCAGGCAGCGGCGAUAGCGCAGCCCCGGGCGCGAGUAAGCUAGAUGCUGGAAGCAGCGCGCUGCCCGCUAACUUCCAGUUGCAGUCGAUUGUGUGCCACAAAGGGACCAGUAUCCACACCGGACAUUAUGUCGCAUUCAUCCGCAAGAUACUGGACGAAGGAGUAUCGUGGGUCCUUUUCAACGAUGAAAAGGUGGUCAAGGUGGUGGACGUGGAGGAGAUGAAGAAGUUUGCCUACGUUUAUUUCUUCCGGCGCGUCUAA